UUUCUCUCUUCCCCUUUAAAUCGUCAACUUCCCUGUUAACGGCACAGUGAGCGCGCAGCAGGGAACGCGCGCGCUCCUCCGCCGCGGAUCAAAGGGUGACAUGACUCGGCUUUGAUCGCUCUUCUUCACGAUACAUUCAUACAUUCCACAGACAUUUAAAGGAUGGAUUUGGACGUGGUGAACAUGUUCAUCAUAGCCGGAGGGACGCUGGCGAUCCCCAUCCUGGCUUUUGUAGCCUCCUUCCUGCUCUGGCCUGCAGCUCUCAUUAAAGUUUAUCACUGGUAUUGGCGCAGAAGGCUGGGAAUGCGGGUGGAUUAUUCCGAAUAUGAAGGCUAUCGCUUCUGUUACUCUCAUAGAGGGACUCCAGGCACCCGUCCGUCCGUCCUCUUGUUACACGGCUUCUCUGCACACAAAGACAUGUGGCUCGGUGUGGUCAAGUUUCUUCCUAAAAAUAUGCACUUGGUGUGUGUUGACAUGCCGGGACAUGAGGGUACGACCCGCACCAGUGCUGUGGAUUACUCCAUCGAGGGCCAAGUCAAACGGAUACAUCAGUUUGUGAAGAGUAUCGGUUUGACCAGAAAGCCCUUCCACCUGAUCGGCACGUCCAUGGGAGGAAACGUGGCUGGAGUUUAUGCCUCCCGUCACCCGUCUGAUCUGUGCGGCGUCACGCUCAUCUGUCCAGCUGGUCUCCAGUAUCCCACUGAAAGUAAGUUUGUUCAGCGUUUGAGGGAACUUGAGCAAGCUCAGGACAGUGAGGGGAUCCCGCUGAUACCCUCCACACCAGAAGAGAUGGAGGAGAUGCUCAAACUGUGCUCAUACGUGCGCUUUAAGAUCCCUAAACAGAUUCUUCAAGGACUGGUGGACGUUCGUAUUCCUAACAAUGACUUCUACCGCGAGUGUUUCAUGGAGCUCGUCGGAGAGAAAUCCAGACACUCUUUACAUGAGAACAUGCAUCUCAUUUCAACUCCUCUUCAGGUUAUUUGGGGGAAAAACGACCAGGUGUUGGACGUGUCCGGGGCUUCAGUUCUGGCCAAAGCCAUCCCAGGAUCUCAGGUUCAUCUGCUGGACAACUGUGGUCAUUCAGUGGUGAUGGAGCGGCCCAGGAAAUCUGCUCAGCUCAUCAUGGACUUUAUCAUCGCGCAACAGAACGCAGCGAUCAACAGCAACAAGAAACUGUCCUAGAACUGGACUUCAUAUGGCUUUAAUAUGUGGCUUGACGGUUAAGGAUCUCAGCUGCAAACCUAAAAGUUGCUGGUUUGAUCUCUCUCUCGAGAGAAGGAGAAGCAGAGUCCUGCUGUGUAACUGAUUACUCUUUAUUGUAAGUCAAUGCAGUUUGUGCACAGAAAGAUGCAUUGGAUCAAAGCAACAAUAUAUGAUUGGACUAUGGAAGCCUGUUUCUGCCUCUGAAUAAUAAAUAUAAAAAGGGAAUCGAGACUUUUUUUUGCAGGUUUCUAUUUCGCAAUUCUGACUUUUUUCUUGCAAUUCUGUGUUUGUAUCUCUUGAUUCUGACAUAUUCUCUCAGAAAUGUGAGAUGUAAACUCACAACUGUGCAUUAAAGAGUCCAAUUCUGAGACCAUUUUAUUAUAUUUGCAUGUUUAUAUCUUGCAUUUCUGACUUUAUUUCUCAGAAUUGUUUCGAAUUUAAAUCUCACUCAAUUCUGAUGUUAUUUCUUGCAACUCUUAUUUCUCAAAAUUGUGAGUUUAUGUAACGCACUUAUGAGAAAAAAAGGGAGAAUUGUGAGAUAAAAAUGUGCAAUGACAUUUUUUAUUAUUAUUCAGUGGCAGAAUCUGGCUGCAAUAUUUAACAGCCUGUAAAUGAUCCGUAAAAGUAAUUUUUUUUUUAGUGAACGCUCAGGGACGCACACUAACCACUGAGUUGUAAAGCACUUCGAUAGCUAUGCAGAUACAGAUCAGUGUCCUGCAGACAGCAAUGGUUCCACUUUAACCUGGAACAGACCAAAAACAGUUAUUUACUAUUAAUAUAUUUCACAUUUUCCUCUGAUACCAUUCCAUGUUUGAAGAGACCUACCUAGACAGCUUUUCUGGGCAUCACAUACGCUUUCCUUUCCUUUCCUGUUCUUUACCUUUCUAUUUUAAGAUGAUUUAUUGUUGGUGGUGAAACGUGCAUCAUAUUCUUUCUUAUACUACUGUUCUUACAGUUUAGACCUUGUAUAAAUAAGACUGUAUGUCUUGUAAAUGUAUCUCGGAAAUAAUGCAGCUAUUUCAUGCCUUUGUUAGGAUCUGGUUAAUAACGCUGUCUUUAGUGAAUGCAUAUUUAGUGAAUUCUUACAGUAUUUUUGUCAGUUUAGACUCCGUUUACAUGGUCUUAAAACACAGGAGACGUAGUGAAGUUUUCAUUUUAUUUUCAUGACUAAUAUCAACAUAUAUCACAACUUUUGUUUGAAAGAUUCUCCAAAUCACAAAGGAACUGAACAUGGUUCAGAUAUGACUAAAUAUCUUUAUAAAAGUCAUUUAAGUACAUUUGCAUCAUAUUACGGCUUGUCCCUUGAUGGAAGACAAAAUCAUAAAGUACUUCAUAGUAUAGUAUAAAUAUUUUUCCAAGCUGAAAAUGUUUAUUGUACCUUUUUAAUCUAAAAAGCAAAGAAAAUAAAACAAAUAUUUUAAAAGUU